CUUCGCUCAGCGACUGGAUUGGGGACUCGCUCUCCCCCUGGAUCUUAGGUUUCCCUGCCUUUCGUUCAAGGAAACAUUAGGCGCGUCGCGGGGCAAUUGCAGCGGACUAGGCCAGAACUCACCUGGGAAAGAUGUUCCCCGGCGCCCGGAUGGCCUUCACUAGAAAGGGUCUGCAAGAAUCCAUCCGCCUCCUGGCCUGCAGAAAGAACAGAAACAUGAGCACAGCAGGAAAAGUAAUAAAAUGCAAAGCAGCUGUGCUAUGGGAGGUAAAGAAACCCUUUUCCAUUGAGGAGGUGGAGGUAGCACCCCCUAAGGCUAAUGAAGUUCGUAUAAAGGUGGCAGCCACAGGAGUCUGUCGGUCAGAUGACCACGUGGUUAGUGGAAACUUUGUCACACCUCUUCCUGUGAUCAUAGGCCAUGAGGCAGCCGGCAUUGUGGAGAGCAUUGGAGAAGGGGUGACUACAGUAAAGCCAGGUGAUAAAAUCAUCCCUCUCAUUAAUCCCCAGUGUGGAAAAUGUAAUGUUUGUAAACAUCCGGAAGGCAAUUUGUGUGCAAAAAAUGAUCUGAGCAUUCCUCGCGGGACCAUGCAGGAUGGUACCACUAGGUUCACCUGCAAAGGGAAGCCCAUCAACCACUUCCUUAGCACCAGCACCUUCACCCAGUACACAGUGUUGGACGAGAUCUCAGUGGCCAAAAUUGAUCCAGCCUCACCACUAGAGAAAAUCUGUCUCAUUGGCUGUGCAUUCUCAACUGGUUAUGGAUCUGCAGUUCAAGUUGCCAAGGUGACCCCAGGCUCCACCUGUGCGGUGUUUGGCCUUGGAGGAGUCGGCCUGGCUGUUGUCAUGGGCUGUAAAGCGGCUGGCGCGGCCAGGAUCAUUGCGGUGGACAUCAACAAAGACAAAUAUGCGAAGGCAAAGCAAGUGGGUGCCACUGAGUGCAUCAGCCCACAGGACUUCAAGAAACCCAUCCAUGAGGUGCUGAGGGAAAUGAGCGGUGGAGGUGUGGAUUUUUCCUUUGAAGUCAUUGGUCGGCUUGACACCAUGGUGGCUGCCUUGGCAAGCUGUCAAGAGGCAUACGGCAUAAGCGUCAUUGUAGGAGUACCUCCUGAUUCCCAAAAUCUCUCUGUGAACCCCAUGCUCUUAUUGACUGGGCGUACCUGGAAAGGAGCAAUUUUUGGUGGCUUUAAGAGUAAAGAUUCUGUCCCCAGACUUGUGUCUGAGUUUAUGGCUAAGAAGUUUUCACUGGAUCCAUUAAUAACCCAUGUUUUACCUUUUGAAAAAAUUAAUGAAGCAUUUGACCUGCUUCGCACUGGAAAGAGUAUCCGUACCGUCCUGACAUUUUGAGGCCAUACAAAUGAUGUGAAGUCAUUUUUCAGGCAAAUAUUUAAAAUCCAAGUGAAAUUUAAAUGAGCCAUCAGCUGAGUAAUUGAAUCCAAUAAACAUUUCUUCUUAAUCACUCCA